AUGACAACGGAAAAAGAUGCGGCAAACUCGCCUCCAACCACUGCCAAUGUAUCGAAAACUCUCUCAAAAGCAAACAGAGAUUCUUUCUACUCUGUCUUAGCUAAAACACCAUAUUCAGCCUGGGCUAUGUCCGCUCUAUGUUUCGCUUCAACUCCUGCAGCGAUGAUGAAAUUCACUGGAGUACCUUCCCUUCUUGAACUGUCUGCAUUCGGUUUUAUAUUCGCGGGUGCUGGUUACAUUACGAGCACAGGAGACAUUACGAAUGGAUCGGGGACUACGACAGCCUGGUCUCUUUCAUACAUGUUGUUCAAUAUGAGCAGAGCGGUAAAAUCGAAAAAACCUCUUCCACUUAUUUUGAUGUCAGGAGCAUUGGCAAACGCAGCAUUGCACGGGAAACAAUAUUUUUUCUCUGAACCAGAUUCAGACUAA